AUGGGAAAGCAAGUGAGAGCAUCUCCGGCGAUCUUCCUCCUCGUCAUCCUUCUGGUGACCACCGGAGAGACGACGGAGGCGAAACCAUGGUGGAAGAAAGUCGGAGAUUCCAUCGGAGGCGUCUUCGGAAAAGUAGGAGAAGCGGUAGGGAAUUUCAAAGCAGUGGAGAUGGGAUUGUCUUUAGAUGGAGGAUCUUGUGUAAGAGAGAUUUUGUCAGUGAGUACGAAUGUGUUCGAUGAAUGGUGCAUUGCUCAUAACGAUCCAAGAGCUCCAAUGUAUAUGAAUAUUGAGAAUAUACCAACUGAUGUCUCAAUCGGAUCCAUUUUGAAGAAGCCUAUUGAUUAUAUCCAGAAACAUUAUCCUAAUUUUUGGAAAGCUUGGAGCUUCAACCAGAAGAGUAAGAAGAAGAAGCCGAGACGUGCACUUUAG